CCCGGUGGACUGAAACCAAAACCAUUUUCACAGUCGCCGAGCGAUCUGUACCUGAAGAAACAAAACAAUGGCCACCGUCGCCGCCAGGUCCGUCUUCCGAUCCGCCACUAGCUCUGCCAGGUCCGCCGCAACCAGACUCUCAACCGGAGCCAAAUCCCGGGCCUCUGCCUCCCAGUUCCGCUUCCCCACGCAGAAGCCCCUCACUUCCCGCAUCUUCAGGUCUCCCGUGGAGCUCGGAUGUGUUAGAGUAGAGACUAUGCUUCCAUAUCACACCGCGACUGCCUCUUCUUUGCUUAAUUCCAUGAUCUCAAUCGCACCCCGAAGCCGUGCUUGGAGUAUUGAAGAAUCUAAGGAAUUCUUGUGGUUAGAUGACUUAGAUCAUAUGGUGUGCCUGAUUGACUGUAGAGUAAUUCGGAAGUACUAUUUUUUGCAGAUUUGUGAAUCCUGCAGCUUCCCACCCUCAUGUAGUUAGUUAAUCAUGGCUAUGACUCCACCUCCAUCUCAUUGGCUUGCAUUCACAGCUUGAAGAUGUUGCAAAGUCUCCGUUUAAAAAACAAAAUGAUGCAUGAUUUUGUUGUUUUUGUCUCUAGAUUCUUGAAAUUUUCAUGGGGUUGUUCGUUUAUGUGGCCUUACAUGAAUGCCUUUCUCUUUACAUUGUAGAUGGAUGAUUGUUUAAAUGUGUUCGUGAAAGAAAACCAAACCCUUCACGCCUACUCCGUUUGUACACUCUCUGAGGGCAAUUUUUGUUUGGUGCAUAUUUCAAUGCUUAACAUUGAGCAAUGGGAAACCCCAUAGGGUUUGGAUGAUCUUGUUAUGGUAUGCUGAGUUGUUGAUUUAUUGAAUAAGAUGGUUUCUAAUAUUUUUAGAUUCUAUUUUAUUGUUCUUCGAAUAUGUUUGGAAAUUUGUAAGAGACGAAUAUGAUGCCGGAGCUUAAGAUCUUU